CAACAAAGAAAUAUUUAGCACUUCAUCUCUCAAGGAGGAUUAGCAACAGGAGAGCUUUUCAAAUCAGAUUAAUAUAACAGAAACAGCGGUGACAACAGUUACGGAAAUGGAUUCCAUUCUAAUACAAUACAGGGAGAACGAAGAUGAAUGUUACAAAGAAGACUUUGAAAUUAAGAACUCCAGGCAAGAGUCUCCGUAUUCAUUUAGAAAGACAGUAGUGCUUGUGAUGGUUGUGGAGAAAUGGAAAAGGGAAGCAGAAAGAAGUAAAGAAUUUUCUGACUUCGAUUUACUAGAUCUAUUGAAUACCAUCUGUAUAGAAGAGGAUAUUUCUUACAAUAAGACUGAGUUUACGUUUUCAUCUGGAUCUGCAUAUCGAUACUUUACAUCAGUGGAUUACAGGAUAAAAGAUUCCUCAAAUAAGUCCCUGGCUUUGCAAGAUUUUCAUGGGAAUGCCAAACUCGUGGCUUUGUAUUUACAAGGAAUUAAUACUCAACGAGAAGAGAAAAUAAAGAUGGCAUUUUACACUGCAAGAAGUAUAAAUAAAGCCACAAAACAGCCAGUUGCUUUGGGGUUAAAGGAACGUAAUCUUUACCUGUCAUGUGUCUCUACAGAAAAUGGUCCUGAACUGUGUUUAGAGGAGGUCAGGGAUGUCCGAAAAAUCAGCAGUAGCGAGUUGCAACGUUUUGUUUUUCUGAGGUAUGAAAACAGUCCAAAUAGUUCAACCAAGUCUAGUUUUGAGUCUGCUGCUUUCCCUGGCUGGUACAUAAGCACAUCUCAACAUGAGAAUGAGAUUCUCCAAAUGGCUCGUCAAGAAGAUCAAAAAUCCCUCCAUGAAUUCAAUCUUAUUAAGUGUUAAAUACAUGUAAUGCCAUGUCUACAACCAAAAUAUCUGCAUGUAUGUACUAAGUACAACAUAGAGUCAAACAUGCUGUUCAGUUUCUAUUGUCUGCAAUUGUUAAAUACAUGAAAAGUGAUAAAUUAAAUCCAAGAAAUGAAUAAUUCAGCUGAGAAACGAUGUUACAGCAUUUAUUCUAAAAAUAUAGACUUUCAUAAAGUUAACAUUUCUCUGAUAGAGAGCGUACAUUUAUUAUAAUAAAAUGUUAUUUUUGUUAUUCUUUUUAAUCAUAUUUGUAUUUUUGUGUAUUUAUAUUUCAGAUCAUUAUGUUUUUUUGUGCAUAUUGUUGAUGAAAAAUGUUUUAUAAAAUAUUUAAUUAGCAUUGCAAAUGAGUUGAAUGUUUGAAGGGAUAUGAAACCAAAACAUUUUCUUUUGUGAUUCAGACCGAGCAGACCAUUUUUAAAAAGUUUCCAGUUUACUUCUUUUAUCAAAUUUAGUUUGUUCCUAUUAUAUUCUGUGUUGAAGAGAUACCUAGGUAAGUGUCUGGAGCACUACAUGACAGGAAAUAGUGCUACCAUAUAGUGCUCUUGCAAAUGGUUAAAGGGUACUGAACCCAAAAUUUUUCUUUCAUGAUUCAGAUAGAGAACGCAAUUUUAAGCAACUUUCUAGUUUACUCCUAUUAUCAAUUUUUCUUCAUUCUCUUGCUAUCUUUAUUUGAAAAGCAAGAAUUUAAGUUUAGAAGCCAGCCCAUUUUUGGUUCACAACAUGGGUUGUCCUUGCUGAUAGGACAGCACCAAUAAACAAGUGCUGUCCAGGGUCCAGAAUCAAAAAUUGGCUGGCUCCUUAGCUUAAAUGCCUUAUUUUUCAAAUAAA